AUGGCUAAUCAACAAACAAGAAGAGAUUACAUUGUGCCAGGUCCAAUUGAUCCAGAGCUUCUACGACUCCAGUCACAACACCGUUCUGAAGGGAUUUGGACUGGUACAAUGGAGCAUGAGGUGCUUACGUGUAGAAGGCAGGGGAACAUAUUGCAUGCUGACAUUGAUGACCGAAUUAUUCCUCAUCUCCACGAUUCUGGAUUUAUUGGAAUUGCUAGAUUAGGAUUUUUUCCCCUUGACUGGCACCUUAUUAGUGCCUUUGUAGAGCGAUGGCAACCGAAAACUCAUACAUUUAUGAUGCCAAUUGGGGAGUGCACAAUCAGUCUUCAAGAUGUUGACAUUAUCACCGGAUUGCCAAUACAUGGUUCUGCAGUAACUGGAAUGUCACGAGCCGAAUGGCCAGAAGUUUGUGAGCUCUUGUUGGGAGCUAGACCACCUCCAGAAAUGAUUCGAGGACAUACAUUAAAAUUAUCAUGGCUAACUGAUGAGUUUGGAGCUAUUCCACAUGAAGCUGAUGAUUUAAAAAAGACUUGA